GUUCCUGUUCGUUUCUUCCCGGACUGGAAAACAAUGAAUUAGUCGUGGGGUUUAAAAGGUCUUUAGAAAGACCUGACGGUUUUGAAUUCAGUUUCUUUGGUUAAAUUGAAUAGCACAUCUUGCUAACAUUGGAUUUUGUUUGCAUUCUGCCCGUUAUCUCAUUAUUUUGCGCCACGGUACUGAACAAUGUGUCCGCUCUUAGUAGAUAGCUAGCUACCUAGCGUUAGCUGCAUACUGUAGUCGGCGAGCUAGCGACUGUAUCUCUUCAUGCAGACAUGUCUGCGCAGGGAGACUGCGAGUUUUUAGUUAAAAGAGCCCGGGAGCUGGUUACCGAGGACCCAUGGGCUGCCAAAGCGUGGCUCAUCACAGCUCGAACCCUCUAUCCAGCCGAUUUCAACAUACAGUAUGAGAUGUACACCAUCGAGCGCAAUGCAGAGAGGACGGCUUCUGCUGGCAGACUGCUGUACGAUAUGUUUGUCAAUUUCCCCGAGCAGCCGGCCGUGUGGCGGGAAAUCACGGUGAUCACCGCAGCUCUGCGCAGCGACUGCCAGGACAAGCACGCCCAGUUCCUCCGAGGCCUGUUUGAGACUCUGCCGGGGCGUGUGCAGUGUGAGAUGCUGCUGAAGGCCACGGAGCAGUGCUUCAACACUCUGGAGAAGGCCGAGAUGCUGCUGCUGCUCCUGAGACGCUUCCCAGAGUCUGUGGUUCAGCACGGGGUGAGUCUGGGAGAGACACUGCUGGAGGCAGAGAGCAUCGAGGACCUGGAGUCACCUGUCAACUGUUUCAGGAAGCUAUUUGUGUGUGACGUCCUGCCGCUAAUCAUCAACAACCACGACAUGCGCCUUCCCGCCAGCCUCCUCUACAAGUACAUGCACAAGGCUGCCGAGUUCUACAUCAGCUAUGUGACACGCGGACCCUCCGCCGACGGCCAGCUGCAGGGCUCUCAAGAGGGCAUCAGUCUCAAGUCUCCCGGCGCCCCCCGGGGGUCGCAGCGUUACAUCAUUGAAGGGCUGACUGAGAAGUCCUCCGUGGUGCUGGAGCCCUGGGAGAGGCUGCUGGACAUCCUGGCCAUCGUGGGGGCGCGCUGCGAGUGGCAGGGGGACAAAGGGAGCCGGAGCUACGUGGAGAUUCUGCAGCGUAUGAAGGAGCUCUGCCGCUAUCUGCCCAGCCUGGAGGGGGAGACCCUGUCCUGCUGCCGGAGCCAGGUGGUGACCUGCACCACCCUGGUGCUCUUCCACAACGCCUACCUUUACGUCAGCGCGGUGCAGCCCACACUCUUCCAGGCUCACAGCUCCCCUGGUGCGGUGCCCUGGAUCCUGCUGGAGGACUUGUCCUCAGUGUUCAGCGAGGCCGACUUGGAGAGGAUUUCCAGCAAGCACGUCCACAAGAAGCGCAAGCUGGGAGAGGGCCGGGAGAAGACCAUGAGCUCGGAUGACGAGGACGGCAGCGGCAAGGGGCGUGGCCGGCACAUCCUGGUCAGCAAGACGGACAUGCCGGGGUGGGCAGACAUGCUGGACAGCUUCCGCACCGCCAGGGAGAGCUGGGACCUGCUGCACUCACACGAGGCCCUGGAGACGGAGUUCAACAGGAUCUGCUCCUCGUGGAAGACUGAGAGCUGGCUGUGGCUGAGGAUCUUCCUCACAGAUAUGAUCAUAUACCAGGGUCAGUACAGGAAGGCUCUGAGCAGCUUGCACCAGCUCGCCUCCUUCCAGCCACCCCAGCAGGUGCAGGUCUCCUCUCAGGGCAGCCUGGAGCACCACCGCGCCCUCAUCCAGUUGGCGUCCUGCCACUACGCCCUGGGCGAGUACCGGCUGGCCUGUGAGAAGGUUCUGGAGGUGGUGAGCGGGCUGGUUCCCCAGGCUCAGGGCCCAGGCAGGACAACUGAUGAAGUCACCAGGACCAGGACUAAGUUUCGGAAAGGUACGGACCUGAGGCUGCUUCCCUGCACCAGCAAGACCAUCAUGCCCUUCUGUCUGCAGCUAAUGCUGGCAUGCUUCAAGCUCCGGGCCUUCACAGAGAGCAGGGACGAUUUGGCUCUGGGUCACGUGAUCGUCCUUCUGCAGCAUGAUUGGCCUCAGGGGGAGGCUCUGUUCCUCAAAGCGGUCGAUAAGAUAUGUCAGCAAGGCAGCUUCCAGUAUGAGAAUUUCUUCAACUACGUCACCAACAUUGACAUGCUGGAGGAGUUUGCCUACCUGCGCACCACAGAGGGUGGAAAGGUCCAGCUCGAGCUUCUGCCCAAUCAGGGCAUGCUUAUCAAGAACCCCAGCCCUGCCCUGGGGCUGGUAUCCCAGGAGUUUAACACCCUGCUGCUUCCUGGGGUGCAGACCACCGACAGGCACCACACGGUGACCCGCGGCAUCACCAAGGGGGUGAAGGAGGACUUUCGGCUGGCCAUGGAGAGACAGGUGUCCCGCUGCGGGGAGAACCUGCUGACCGUGCUGCACCGUUUCUGCAUCAAUGAGAAAAUCAUCCUGGUCCAGUCGCUGCCUUGACCUCUCACCUCUCAUGCUGUCCAGCACACCCGAUUUCAAGUGCUGCCUAGGGGUCCAAGGGCCGAGCAGCCCAAGUGUGUUUCUUUUGCAAAGCUGUUGGUAUUUGGGUAGUUCAAGAUAGAAUGCAGGUGGAAUGAUGUGCUGAACAUUUCUAAGCACCUGAAGCUUAAAUCUGUUUAUUUUUGUAUUCUUAAAUAUUUCAGCAUUGACUGUAGUCAAUACUGACAUCAUUGACUGAAGUCAGUUUACACCUGUCUCACUGAGCCCUCACCCUGGAAACCGCUGCCAUGACAAUGCCCAUAUGUGGACAUGGCUGGUCGCAUUGAAGUUGGUGACUGAACAUUUUUUUGGUUGUGUGAUAUUCUUUUUUUCUAUUGCAUUCUGUUCGUGGGUCUGUUUCACCAGAAAUUAAAAAUUAAAUAUUAGUUGUAGAUUUACAUCAGAUUCCAAAA